AUGGCCGCAGCAGACAAAUCCAUGGCGCCUCGACCGGAUUCUAGUCACGUGGUGUCAUCUACCAGCACUGUCCUACAUGAGAUUGGUCCGCCAUAUCCAACCGCCGGCAAUCCCAUCCUUUCUUUGACAGGAAAAAUAUGUGAAUGUCGCGGGCCUUUGGCAGUUGUGGCCUGUGGCCCUGCUGUGUUGGUAUAUAUAAGAAGAGUUACAUCUGUCAUUAGCGAAAUCAUAGCCGUUGACUUGUUUCCAUUGACAUCCAAGUGGCAAACUCAGCCAGCCUCAAAAUGUAGACCGUCCAAGUCUCUCCGACCAUUAGAUAAGUAA